UUUUGUUGCAAUAAUACUUCUUUCAUUUAUACAUUCGCUGCAGCCCCUUCAUGUGAUGAUGGCUCCUCGGAGCAUUGGUAUAAGUCGAGCAAGAAUUUUGGCAAGACCGUCCUGACAACAAAAGAGGCUGUGCCAGUAGUUUAAAAGUAUUGCAACCUGGACUAGACUAGAUUACAUGUCGGCAAUUCGUCUGGCCGGGCCUUUGCAGCGGCGGCAAACUGCAAAUAUUCCACGUACUGCCAAGUCAAUCGGGGACAGAGCCAGUCAAUUGUUUCAGCGCAAAGUUUGACUUUACUACUGAGAACCUGUUGUUUCUGAAUUUUGCGCAAGCGGCAUCCCCCAGUCUAGUAUGCACUAGUACCGAUCGCUCGGCUACAAUGUCAGGCCAAGGUUACAUCAAUCGCCACGCCACUUCACUAUAAAUGGCAGGGUGACAAAAAUGAAACCAGUGUCCCAUUACAUAACGGACGACACUACUACAUCAUCGCUGAGAAAUCAAGAAUUCUAGUCCUUUUGACUGGAUCUUGUCUACCUUGGUGUAGGACGGCUAGGAAGAUGAGCAGAAACCAUUUAAACCAGCGUCUGCCGUAGCUCUUGAAGCACAGCCCAUUCCACCCACUGUGAAAUACCUUUGCUCUACCCACUGCAUAUAUUCAGUCGCAAAUAUGGUUUGCCGAUUCACUGCCAUUGCGGUUCUUUUCGCGACCGUUGCUACUGCUUCCACUGUAGCACCCGUUCCCGGAAGCUUUUCGACCGCCAUCUACAACAACUGCACAGACGACGAAAUUCACAUCUGGAUGCGCGAGAUCCCCGGCAGGGACGAGGACGACGAUGACGAGAAGCGCGUCCGCCGCCUUCCCAAGGGCUUGAGCCUUAUGAAGAAGGCUGUCGAGCUCGAGUGGAUUCCCAUGUUUUAUGCCUCCACAUCGGAAAAGGGCUACAUGGACCACAACACCAAGAUGUACUUUGCUGGCUUCAACGCUAGACCUGACCACGGCCUCGUCCAUAUUAACGGUGUCAACGUCUUUGGAAAGCCCAACUGGAUGAGCGUUGUGGCUGCUGGAGCUGAAGUUCAGUGCGGCGACAAUGAGCCUCCUCAGAAAUGGUCGUAUGCCAGUGACAAGAAUCUCGAGGCCAAGGGAAUGCUUGAGUGCCGCAACAGUGGCCUCACCAAGUAUGCUGCGGGAGUUGGCUUUGGCUUUUGCGUCAGGGAAGAGGAUUUUGCGUUUGACAAGAACUUGGACCUGCUUGUUGCUGGCAAGCCGGUUGGAUUCUCCAUCUUGCCCAAGACAUUGUAAAGUACUACUAUCAUAGAGAUGGAGAGG